AUUAUGUGAUUUUCUUUUCACAUUUAUCAGUUUUCUUAUUUUUUUAAUCAACUCUGUGUUACAGGUCGACUUGCUUACCCUUACUACUGUUUUACUAUCGUCACCAUCUUCGUCUUUACCUCCUGAAUCAUGGAAUUAAUAUCUCGUUUGUCCAGAGCGAGGUCACAGAGGGUAGUCAAAGAUGUUGCUCUUAAACUGCUUGGUGAUAAAAUUGAUCAUUUAUGUGGUAAUCAACGCGUAACCAGAGAUGAUUUUCGCAAUCUAAUUGUAUCCAAAAAUGCAUAUUUCUCGGACCGAUUGUUUCAGUUGUUUAACCCUUCUGGUUCCGGUAAUCUCACCAAACAGCAAAUAAUUGAUAACGUAAAAGCCAUUAUCUAUAAGCCAGUCACGGAGAAAUUGCUUUUUUUCUUUCGCAUCAACGAUAUUGAUGGUGAUGGAUUAAUCUCAUUUUGUGAGCUUCGUCAUCUGCUCGAAUCAUGUAUGACCGAGAAUGGAUUGGUGUUUAGUGAAGAAGAAAUCAACGAUUUAACCUAUGUGCUUUUUGAAUCUGCGGAUACCGACCAAACGGGAACUAUAAGUUUUGAUGAAUUUCAAGCAUUGAUUGCUCACCAUCCAGGCUUAAUUGAGAAUAUUUCUAUAUCCAUCGAUCGUUGGUUACUACCUGUUCCACCCGAACCAAAACCUUUGCAAGGAUAUUUUGCUAGGAAACUCAAUUUAACCUACAUCCGGAACAAUCGCACAAGUGUAUGCUUUUUUGCUGUUUAUUGUGUAUUCAAUUUAACAUUAUUUGGAUGGCGUGUUACCGAAUACGCUGAAGAAGGAAAACCAGAGCCUGUUUGGAUCGCGAGAGGUGCAGGCAUAUGUCUAAAUUUCAACUGUGCUUUUAUUAUAUUUCUGGUCCUGCGACGAACUUUGACAUUUCUGCGGACUCUCGGUAUAAAUGAUUACUUUCCAAUCGAUCAACAUAUUUAUUAUCACAAACUUUGUGGUUAUCUCAUUGCAUUUUUUUCCAUUAUCCAUACCAUAGCUCACCUCAUCAAUUUCAUUCAUUUAUCCGAUGAGCGAGGCAUCAGUCUUGCAUAUUUUUUAUUCAAUCUCAAUCCUACAUUCAAAUGGUUUUACGGGGCUGCAAGCUUAACUGGUUGGGUUUGUUUAUUAUCAUUGACAAUAAUUGUCGUAUCAUCACUUCCAUUCGUUCGUAAAUCAGGACACUUUGAGAUCUUUUACUAUUGUCAUUUAUUUUAUUACGUUUUUGGGAUUUCACUGAUUCUCCAUGGACCGUCUUUUUGGAUGUGGGCUGCUCUACCACUUCUUUUAUUUAUUUUUGAGCGUUUUAUUUUAAUCAAACGAAUGUUUGGAUCUACUGGACACACAUACAUUGAGAGAGGAACAAUUUUACCUUCCCGAGUAGCUCAUUUGGUUAUUAAGCGACCACAAAAUUUUGAUUUUCGCCCAGGUGACUGGGUAUACUUACAGAUUCCAUGCAUCGCUAAAUGGGAAUGGCAUCCAUUUACUAUAAGCAGUGCUCCUGAAAUGCAAGAUUAUCUCUGGCUUCACAUUCGAGGAGUUGGUGAAUGGACUAAACGUGUGUGUCAAAUUAUUGAACAACAUAAAGAUGUACCUUUUGGCAGUGUUCAGUGUAAAGGCAAUCCUGCUUUUGUUAUUAACUUGAAAGCAUCAAUACCUUUGCCUGUUAGACUUGAUGGUCCCUAUGGUUCACCUUCUAGUCACAUUUUCAACACUGAACAUGCAGUUCUCAUCUCAACGGGCAUCGGUGUAACACCAUUUGCAUCAAUCCUUCAAAGUAUUAUGUUCAGAUAUUUAGAAGCUAGACAAACAUGUCCCCGGUGUUGUUACUCAUGGACUGAUGCUAUUCCACCUUCCGUCAUGAAACUGAGAAAAGUUGAUUUCGUUUGGAUUAACCGUGAACAAAGUAGUUUUGAAUGGUUUGUUCAUUUACUUUCCCAGUUAGAGAUAACUCAAGCUGAAUUGAUGGAAGCUGAUCGAUUUCUGGAUAUGCAUAUCUACAUCACUUCAGCCAUUGAUAAUGCUGAUAUCCGAGCCAUUGGUCUUCAAUUAGCCCUCGAUCUUAUGCAUAGCAAAGAAGAAAGAGAUUUGAUUACUGGCCUUAAGACUAGAACUAAACCAGGAAGACCUAGAUGGGAUGAAUUUUUUGAUGAAAUUCAAAGGAAAAACAAAGGACGAGUAUCAUUGUUUUAUUGUGGUCCACCGCCACUGGGAAAAGUCCUCCAUAACUAUUCAAACCAAUAUGGCUUCAGCUUUCAUAAAGAAAUUUUUUAAUGUCCAUCACUAUGACAGGGAUAAUCAUUGAUAAUCACACAUUAUCGCAGUUUUUUUUAAUUAUUAUCUCAUCGUAUUUUUAAUUUCUGUUAUAGAGCUCAUAUGCUCUCAUUUAUUUUGUUAUUUUAUCACAUUCUAUGUGCUUCGUUUGUUGAAAAAAACAAAGGUCUAAUGAUCUUCAUUAACAUCAAUUUCAUGAGUCAAUUUUAAUUUAAUUGAUUUUACCAAAUAGCAACGUUUGUGAAAAAAGUCAUCCAAGUUGUAUGGAAAGAUUAACAAUUACAAAUAAUCUUUAUGAA